AUGUUAGGAGUUCUUCGACCACAUGCGCAAGGACGGCGCGCAGGAGAACACGAAGGAGGCGAUCGACGACAUCAUGACCCGCAGGAAGCGCUCGUGCGGCAGGUUGCCCAGCCCAGGUUCGCGAAGAGGUGCUUCGAGCACUUCAUCCUGCGCUGGGGGAUGAACACCGCGCUCGAGCCCCGAAAAGAGGAAAAGCCGCCCGCACCCCAGCAAUUCUUCUCGUGCUCUCCCGUCCACGCUCACACUCACACAGACGCACAAACGCGCGCGCAGCCUCAGCCAGCCGUUCGAGCCCCGCCGCCAGGAGGCCGAGGAGAAGUCAUACGUCGACACGGAUGCCGACGACGAUGA